AUGGCGAGGAAGAAAACGUCAAAAUCUACUGCUCCGGUGACUGAGCAACACUCUGAAUCUCUUGACAAAGAUGAAUCUGGGGUUAUUGUAGCCCCUUCUAGUGUUACGAUAGAAGAAACUCAGUUAAGUCAAGAAUCUCCAAUUCCAUCGGAGAUUGAAAUGAUGGAAGAUACCCCUAGAUAUGAAAUUGUGGAUCCGAUACCUGUGGAAACCAUGGCUAAGAAAUGGAAUGAGCUGUUCUCGAAUGAUAGGGAAAGAUCUGAAGCUAGUGAGCUGAAGUACGUCCCACCAGCUGUGAAGAAUAGAACGCGAGUGGUGAGUUUCAACUCAAAGGAUCUUGUGAAGGAGGAAGAGAAGUGGAAAUUCGCCAUAAUAGUAAUUAACUCGUUUAUUAGAAACAGAUGGGCGAAGUUUGGCCUGAGAAAUGUGGUUAGGAUUAAUGGAUCUAUGUUUAUGUUUGAGUUUGGAUCUGAAGAAGAGUGUAACAAGGUAUUGGGAGAUGGUCCUUAUACAUUUGACCAGAAACCCCUGAUGUUGAAGAAAUGGCAGCCAAGAAUGUCAAUGGAUCCUAACAAUAUUAGCUUUGUCCCAGUCUGGAUCCAACUACCUGGUCUUCCUUGGGAGUUUUGGACGGCUGAUAUGCUCAGUAAAAUUGGUUCUAUCUAUGGAAACCCUUUGUAUAGUGAUCAAUGCACUAUAAGCAAAGCUAAGCUAAACUUUGCGAGAGUUCUGGUAGAAAUGGAAGUAGCAGGUUUAUUUCCUGAAUCUAUGGAAUUACAAGAUGAAUUUGGGAAUGUCUUUAAUCAAAAAAUUGUGUAUGAAUGGAGGCCUCUAUUUUGUGAUAAGUGUUGUAAAAUGGGGCAUGCCAAGAAGAAUUGCAAAGUUAAUCAAGACAUCAGGAAGGCUAUGGGGAAAAAAAAAAAUCUGAAGAUGAAAGUUCAGAUUCAGUUGAAACAGAAAUCAUAA